GGCCGGAAGCACGUGGCCGGGCGGCGGGGCCAGGCCGCGGCCACUUCCUGCUCGGCGGGUCCCGGCGCGGCCGGAGCGGAACACGGUACUGGGGGAGUCGUGGCGCGCAGCGCUGGCCGUGGGUGAGCGAGCGAGCCGGCCAGCUGACCAUUCGGUCAGUCCCGGUGCCGAGCACUGACACCGACUGAGUUCCGGUGUCGGCAGUGAGGUUCGGGUGUGGAAGAGAUAUUCCUGUGAUCUCUUGAAGUGGCCUGGUGUGCAUGCUGAGCAAGAGGAAGAGCCCUUCAUUAUCCCAGUCACGUGUGGACCUGAGAGGAGGAGGAGGAGCUGUUGUUUGACCUUCUGAGAAGGAUGGAUCAAAACUCAGACUCUUCACUUUCCAGAAUGUUUACCGGGUAUGAUGAUCCUGAGACUACUGAAGUGUACGAAGAUGAACUUUAUCCUGAGGAGUCAUCCAGUGAGCAGAGUGUUGAUAGCGAGGUGGAGUUUCAUCUCUAUAGCCAGAUCCACUAUUCCCAAGAUCUCGGAGAAAUCAGCACACUGGAAAUGGAUGAAGAAGAUGAUGGUGGAGAAGUCAUGGGUCAGAGUUCAUGUCUGACUGAGAAACAGGAUGAAGAUGAGAAGCGCACUGAACUCACUGAUGGUGGUACUCAGCUUCCAGAUGAGCCUGAGAUCAUCGUCCUGUCCGAUACACCAGAUGAAGACAGCAUCUACAAAUGCAAGGCAAGGAGGUCAAAAUGCUCCUCAGCUCCUGCUGGAACACACAUCCACCCGGUAUCUUCCACACCAAAUCACACCAAAGCUGCUGGAUGUAAUGCCCCGUGUCUCCCUAAAUCUGGUGUGGGCACACGAAGGCGGAGAAACAGCACUAGUAGGAGGCCUAGCCCAGCCUGUUCUGCUGGACCUCAAGCCAUCCACGAUGUGUUGGUAAUAGACAACAGCUCGGAGGAGGAGAGCUUGAUCUCUGACAGUGAUAACGUCGAAAGCUGGAUGCUCUUGGGAGCUGGUGUUGAUGACAGGGAUGGAGACAUCAUGCUGAACCUUGAGGGCUGUGUCACUCCUGUCCACGGAGGAGAAAUUGAUGUGAACUGGUCCAUCUCUCAUAAAGACUUAGAGGCACAGAUCUCCAACUAUGCGGGUGGGAGGCACAGCAGCGUGCGGUACUACACAUCUGACAAAAAUAUUACUUGUAGGAACUGCCACAGACCAGGACAUUUGUCCAAGAACUGUCCCACUCCAAAGAAGGUUCCCCCGUGCUGUCUGUGUGCAGGAAGAGACCAUCUGCAGCACAGCUGCCCAGCACGUUUCUGUCUCAACUGCUGCUUGCCCGGGCACUAUUUCAAGGAAUGCCUUGAGAGAGCCUAUUGGAACAAACACUGCAACCGCUGCGACAUGAAGGGUCACUAUGCGGAUGCUUGCCCAGAAAUAUGGAGGCAGUAUCACCUAACAACGAAGCCAGGACCCAUCAAGGCAGCCAAUUCCCACUCGGAGCGCUCUGUGUCUGUGUACUGCUACAACUGCUCCCGCAAAGGACACUUCGGAUACGAGUGCUCAGAGAAGCGGAUGCAGGGAAACAUGUUUCCCACUUCUCCCUUCGUCUACUACUACGAUGAUGAAUGCGAUAUCAGGAGGAGAGCCAACAGGUUAAAAAGAAAGGUGGCAGACCUGCAGGAAGCUGGCCUUCUGCCAGAACAAUCUGAAACAUCAUUGCAGGAAGAACAGCUUGAGGUGAACAGAGGAAGAACAGCCCAGCCACAGAACACCGUUGAGGAGGAACAGCCCAGCAACAGGAAAAAGAGCAAACUUUGGAAAGAACAGAGGAAGCAAAGCAGGAAGAGUGAGCAGCAAAAGAAGAUGAAGGUGUUCUGGGCAAAGAAACCCCAGGAGGAGAAGCACAGGAGGGGUGUUGAAAUCCACUGCGAACCAGAGGGCUUCCCUCGAGGGUACAAGAAGCAGGGGUGCAAGGGCAGCAGGGUCCGUCACAAGCCCCUUUUCCAGGCAUUCUCAGGCAGCAAGGCCAUGUGUGUGCAGCAGCCUCUAGAAGGUGCCAAAAAGAAGAAGAAAUUGAAAAAGCAGAAAAAUGCUACUCCUGACAGCAGGGACAAUCUAUUCCUUAUAAAACAGCGGAAGAAGAAGUCCAAACAAAAAUCCUGGUGAUGGUAUUCCUUGUCUCUGGCUCUGCCUUUUCUUUAUUCCUGUCCCUCUUACCACAUGAAUUUGGUCCGUCCCUGACCCAGCAUGCUGGGCACCAUCACCCAUCCUGGCCAUCUCCUCAGCCAGAGGGGACCACUCCAUCUCUGUGAGCUGUCCCCAUGGCAAGCAGGACCCAGUGCUCCUGCCAGGGUGGUCUCGGAGUAUGUUGUAUGUUUAUUUUCUUUGCUUGGGGAUAUGGGGGCAUGCUGGGUUCGGCAGGGUUUGUUUCUUCACCAAUGAGAUGUAGCUGUGCUGUUGGAGCACAGCACCUUUGGGGAUAAUAUUGGGGAGACUUGGGGUCGGGGGGGUUGGGAAAGCAGGAACACGGGUAUAAAGCACAUCCCCUCAUUGGCCACUGGUCCUCUCCAAAGUGCAGGAGGGCAUUGGGCACUUCCCUCCCUCUAGAAGGGGCAGCCAACUCUCUGCUUUAUGCUCUGGGAUGCAGCAGUCACCCACCUCACUCCAGAGUGGUGCCAUCAAUCCACUGCCCUCAGGGCUCAGCUUUUGGGGCUCCAUCCCUGUCCUUAACAGCUGGUCAGCAGAGCAGGAGUGAGCCAGCAGGUGGGCCUGGAACAGAGUUUACAUCUUAUACUAAAUCUAUCCUUGUUCCCUUUGAUGUGGAGGCUGUUUCUGGAGAAAAAAAAAAGAGUGGAGUAUGAAGAACAUAGUUGGUUCCAGUCACACUGUGCUAAAAUUUAAUUUUUUUAAAAAACAGUUAUUUUUGUACACUGGAAUUCAGCACGUUGUUUUAAGGUUUGUAAGAAUAAAAUGCUUUAUCAAAGGACUAACAUAAAUAAAACUUUUCAUGAGAAAUAGGAAAAAAA